CAAACAGGAACAUGGCUGCCGGUGUUUGACACAGCAGCAGUCCAUUUUCUCAAUUUUUGUCGGCCUGACAGCUCCAGAAAGUCACCUCUUCACACUUGCUUUACGUCACGACAGAAAACGUUUGUAGGGUGUUUCUAGCGCAUCGUCUGACAACGGUGUGUUUUUUUUUUUUUUUGCUCGCCAAGCAAACAGUGAAUCAUCAUGGCAAGUCCAAGAACCAGAAGAGUUUUGAAGGAAGUGAGAACACAAGAUGAAAAUAAUCUGUGCUUUGAGUGUGGGGCCUUCAACCCUCAGUGGGUCAGUGUGACCUAUGGGAUUUGGAUAUGUCUGGAAUGCUCUGGAAAACACAGAGGCUUGGGGGUACAUCUCAGUUUUGUACGUUCUGUCACCAUGGACAAGUGGAAGGAUAUUGAGCUUGAGAAGAUGAAAGCAGGAGGGAAUGGCAAAUUCCGUUUGUUUCUCGAGCUCCAAGAUGAUUACAAUCCCAACUGGACCUUACAGGAAAAGUAUAACAGUCGAGCUGCUGCGCUCUUCAGGGACAAGGUUGCCGCUGAAGCAGAGGGGAAGGAGUGGUCUAUUGAAACUUCUUCUGCCAAAAAUUGGACAUCACCCCAACCCAAAAGCAGCCUUUCAUCCUCCCAUCGAUCCGGGGGAUCUGGCGCAAACUCUGCCACAUCUGGUGAUAAAGCUUUCGAAGACUGGUUGAGUGAUGACGUUAACUCUUAUCAGAGUGGAGGCGGUUACAGUGGGAAUCAAGAGAACCGCUAUGUUGGCUUUGGCAACACCGUAACCCCAGAGAAAAAGGAGGAUGACUUCAUAAACAAUGCUAUGUCCUCCAUUUAUUCAGGUUGGAGUAAUUUUACUGUUGGGGCCACCAAGUUUGCUUCCAUUGCAAAAGACAAUACAACAAAACUGGCAAAUCAGGCAACUUUGAAGUUAAAGGGCUAUAAGGCACCCCCAGAACCGGCCACAGAGUUAGGACAUACAAUAAAUGAGAGUGUUAUUAAACCUACCCAAGAAAAGGUGAAAGAUGGCAAAAUGCUAGAUGAAAUGACAGUCGGCAUCACUGAGUUGGCAAACAAGGUCCAGGGAGCUGGUGCCAAAUUGACCAAUCUCUUCUCGGGAAAACCAGAAGACGGGGCUGCUGGAGAUAGCUACCAGAACAUGGGUGCUACUGAGGGAUAUGAGGGCAGUUCCAGCCAGCCUCUCUCAAAGGACUUCUGGGAAACAUUUGGUAGCAACAACUCCCUAAAGGCCAAGAAAUCCCCAAGCAGUGACAGCUGGACCAUUGCAGAUAAUUCUGCAAAGAAGAGCUCUGACAGUUGGGACAAUUGGGGCUCUGAUGCAGCAUCCACCAACAAACACAGCACAGAGGAGAGCUGGGAGGCCUGGGACAACAACUGGGAGAAUGCAGAUGGUAAGGCCAAAAAGAGUCCCACGAAACCUGCUGAAGAAACCUGGGGUAAUGCAGACUGGUAGUCAUUUCACAAACCUUAUCUUCCCCUUCCUGCCUCCCUUUCUCUCAUCAUCCCCCUGGCACUAGGGAAGGAGUUAUUUCGCCAACACUUCCUGUCUAGCCAUUCAAAUCCUCUAUGUUGAACAGAUGCCCAAGGUUGACAUUAACUGCAUGAUAAAACUCGUAUUCUUAAAAAUUAUAACUUGGAACAAUGACUUGGACUUUUUAAAAAUAUAUACAUAUAUUAUUGUAAAUGCUCGCCACCCGAAAACAAACAAUAUAUAUAUAUCGGUGUAUAUAGGAUUCUAAAUGACUACCCUACCCCAGAAAGUGCAAUAGUCGUAUUGAUUAAAAAAAGCAAAUGUUCAUACUGUGUACUUGUUACAUUGUGAUACUGCUGUUCAUCAAAGAAAAAUAUGCAUGACACAAAAUUUGUUAUGAUAAAUCAUUGUAAAUACAGAAUGAGAGACCUAGCGCUAAUACGGUCUUGUCUUUGUGGUCAGCAACAUUGACUUAUUCCAUCCCAGGACCAUGAUCUUGAAUCCCCUUGCAUACUGACUUGGCAUUACAUAAAAAAUUUUAUAUAGGUACAAUAAAAUAUCUAUAAUAAAUAAACAUUGGCAUUACGCUGUAUCCUUCAUACAAGCAGUUAAAUAGUUUUGCAAACAACUAUGUUUAACAUCUGUGAACUGAUGAAACCCAUUUUGAACUUUCUGAGCAAAGCCCCACUUUUCCAAAGCUACUAUAAUCAACAAUAAUAGUUAAAAAGAUUACAUUAUGGCUUCUCUUCACUGCACUGGGCUGAAAUUGAUCAUUUUGAUUAAACAUUUUUGUGAAUGGCGAUAUACAGUGCUAGGAAUAACUCAAAGUUUCAACCAGCCAUUUGCUACUUGGGGAAGAGUAUGUGCGUUUUGUAAAAAUUGAUGGUAGGCUGUACUUUUUGUACAAUUGUUAAACACAGGAUGGCAUUCACUUAGACAGGAAGAAUAUAGUGUAUUAAGCUCAAGUUGGACAAAGUGUUAUGAAGUUAUACAUGCAGUCAAUCCAAACUCUUAGGGCUGUUGUCAAAAGUGCACACAGCACUGCCAUUGUACUUGAUCAAUAUGAAAUAUUUUCAUGUGAUGACGUCUACAUUUUGGGCUGCUUCAUCCACAAAUCAUGAAUGCUGAAUGCUUAGGUGUAGCUCUCAUCCCCUCUAAUUUGACUGGAACUAGCAGAGGUGACGUUUGUAGGAAAGUUUCAUUUAAAUCAAACUAGUUGUCAUUGUUUAGAACUACAGUGUUUUGGGAAGUGUGCAACCUCACCAUCUUAUGUGGCCUUUGAAUCUCUGUGACUGAAAGUGUGACAAAUGAAUCUGUGAACCCCUGCAUAUUCGCGGUUCGAAUUUGCCUAUUUGCAGAUUUUUUGGGGGGAACCAAUCCUUAUUUGCUGAAACAUUUCCCUAUUCGCUGUUUUGUGCUCAGGCGCCAUCUCGUGGCAUAUUGGUGUCGAGGAAGUAUAUUUAAGUGAGUAGAGGACUUUCAUUUAGACAGUGCUCUGCUUCCAUCUUCAGCCCACUGCAGGCAAUUACGAAUACAAUUACUCACAGAUUUUGCUAUUCGUGGCAGGGUUUGGUCGCUAUCCCACAUAAAUACCGGGGGUUCAUUGUACUAUAAACAAUGCAUUUAGACAGACAUACCGUAAAUGAUCACUAUAGUGAUAAAUAAAAACUAACAUAAAUAUGAAGAAAACAAGAAAUGGCGUUAUAAUGUUUUGGGGGCUUUGCUGGACAGAAAUGAGAUCAGUUGUUUCCAACAGUGUAAUUAAUACGUUAUGUAAGACUUUUCAAGAUAUUUACUCCCCAUUAUUUUUCUAUAUCCCACCAUUUUUUUUUAUGUUUAAGCUAUUAAGUGAUAUUUGAUGAAGAGAACUUUAUUCCAUUCCCUGUUUCUACCUCGAAGAAAAGUUUACUACACAGUAUGCGGUAUGUCUUUGUUUAAUGCGUCUGUAUUGGUAUGAUGUGAAUUUAAUGUUAAGUUAAAGCAAGACAAAAUGGUACAGCAGCACCAUUGAUGUUUCACUGUCAAUACAGUAUUAUGAUUUUAAAAAAAAAACAACUCAAAAAUGAUAUCACUCCGAGA